AAUGUCCGCCGGAGGACCGUGAGGAGAGAAUAUCGUACGCGACGCGUCUGAUACGUGAGGUCGGUCAACCGCUCGGUCGGCGUUUACCACGCGUGAGACACGGAGACACACGGGAGUGGUUGCUGCGGGAAGCGCGCGCGGGUUUACGACGGUCGAGCACGGGGAAGCGACGAGACAGCGGCGGUGUCGUUGGAUGUCAAAGAGAACCGCAGACGGAAGGGUAAUCCCCGUUUCUCGGGUGAGAAGGCUUUUUAAACGGGCGAGACAGAGCGGGACAGCAGCGAGGCAGACUCUCAUUCUCGUCACCGCCCGAAAUACCGCGCGCGCCUGUAAUCGGGAAUCACCCGCGAUUUGUGUGCAAGCGUGAAAACGAGGAUGCGUCGCCGUUCGCUACAGUGAUGCCGCCGCCGCCACCGCGAACUUUGUUCACGCGCGCCGUUCGCUUUGCAUCGUUAGCCGCAAUCGGACGAAUUCGUUUUACUCGCGCGCUAAUGGCCCGUGUUGAUAAAUCGCGGGACUGACCACGCGGAGCGAGCGCAACGGACAGAGAUCUCGGCGCAGCGCGGAGAGAUUCACGAAGCGAGGGAUUCUCUCCCUCGAUCGCGUCGUCGUCGUCGUCACCGUUGUCCUCGUCCUCGUCCUCGUAAUUCUCGCCGUUUCUUCGCCGGAGAGAACGUCUCUACGUAUAUUGAAUUAAAGAUACAACGAGAACGCACAGAGUUACUUGUGUUCCUGAGAGGGAGUUGUAACCUUAUACGUCUGUGCUAUCAUUUCAUGAAAGCGAUGUUUGUAAAUACUACAUGCCACCUCUAAGUACGAAGUAGGAUAUAAGAUGAUACCUUGUAUUUAGUUAUGGAGGAUAGCAUGAGUGUAAAGUCUAUGGAAUCAGUGGCGACAAGUGAUGAAUAUGAAUUUGUGAAUGAAAGAGGUACUAGCAAGCAGCAACAAGCUCUUUUGGAACCACCAAUGUUAAAAAUUGCUAACAACGGCAAUCUAGAGGAUCUGCAAAAUAAUCUUCGUGAGGUUUUAACAGAGGACUCGAAGAUGGAGUGUAGUGAAUUCAAGUCGACAGGUGCCAAUAAGCAGAAGACAAAAAAAGUAGGCCAUAGCAAAUUCUACGAUGUUAGUUCUUGUCUUGUUGCGUCCGAGAAGCAGGAUAUUAUGAAGCCCGAGGAUUACAUUGAAGAAGAAUUAAGCACGUUAUCGCACGUUCAACAAGAAUGCACCAUCUUCAAUGGUGUUACUUACCUGGGAGCAGCUGCAAUAAAUGCACCAAAAUCAGAAUCUGAAAUACAACGUAACAUGCAUAUAUUGAAUGCAGAGCAAACAUUGAAUUUAGGAAUAAAAGUUUCCGUCUCAGUCCCGAGUAGCUCGCAAGGCUCGGUCGUUUUAUACGAUGCUGCAACGCAGCAAGCCAUUGCCCAUUACGAGGUGCAACGUAUACUAUUUUACGCACGUGGGGAGAGUGUUGGUACUUGCGCGGCGUGUUUUGCUUUCACAUGGUCACACGGCGAUACUUUAGAAUCUGCCAUUUACCAGUGUCAUGUCUUUCGUUGCGACAUACCAGAAGCGGUUGGACAAGUAUCAGCCUGUUUUUCAAAAGCGUUCCAUAGAAUACCACGUUCAAUGACGAGUUCUUUGACGGGCAGUGACUUUAAUGGUUUUAAUGCUGGCAGUGAAAAAGUUAACUCUCGAGUAUUCAUCUUUGAGGUGACUAUGGAAAUAAAAGAAGAAGAUGGGAAAGGUGGUUUCAGUACGGUCCCUAAGGACAGAAAUUGUUUUAAAUUACGAAGUAACGUGGCGAAACAAGUUUGCUUGAGUAUCCAGCAAGUGUCUAGCAAAGAAGGCGGCAUUACACUCGAAGUAGAGAGAUGUUUUGGAGUUCUCGUUAGCCCCGGGCGAAAUGUUAAGCACAGCGAUAUGCGACUACUCGAGAUGGUAACGAGAGAUUCACUCCAGCCAGUUAAUUUUAUGUCUAUAAUCACCUCAGAUGUUCGCAAUAUUACGACAAUUUUGCAGCAAGUUAAUACUGGACCAAUAAUGCAAGACAAACAGUGCUAUAAUAUUUGCGGACGCUGGGACCCCGCCGAUCCCGCAUUGGAAACUCUUAAUAUAGAAACUCCUAGAGAGGGUAAAAUUUUCAUAACUGUCGCCGUUGAUCUCGUUAUCAGAGAUAUUCGGGAACCAGUGAGAUUUGUGAUAGAAACAUCGGUCAAAGUGUUUCCACAAAACGAGAGAUUUUGGUAUUUUAAUAAGAGAAAUCUCGUGCAACAGUUUUAUCUCAACUCCAAAGAGGUCAUUUCCGGAGACGGUGCGGAAGUACAUUAUGAAGUACAAAGUAUAGAAACAUCUGGCGAAUUAGAUAGAAACAGAUUAAAUCUUGCACUAAACUUGGCGUCCUUAAUUAGAUCGCCAUCUUUAACUAGUAUUGACACGCUUACACCUAAAGAAGAAAUAGAUUCAGACGGAGAUGAGCCCAUGUUAAGUGGCACAGGUGAAGUUUCAAAAGACUGCUCAGCUGACGAAUUAGCCAGCUGGGCUGAAGUUUUAGAUAGUUGGCAGGUUAACGAGCAACGUCCGAAACUUCUUGUAAAACUGGCGAAACAAGGAAUUCCUGAAGCUUUACGCGGCGAGGUUUGGCAACGUUUAAGUAAUUGCGACAGCUCACAAGAAAUGAUGGACAAGUACAGAAUGUUAAUUACGAAAGAAAGCAGCUGUGAGAGUGUGAUUUUAAGAGACAUCAAUAGAACAUUUCCAGCACACGAUUUCUUUAAAGAAACAGGCGGUCUAGGGCAAGAUUCUUUGUACAGAAUAAGUAAAGCAUAUGCUGUUCAUGAUGAGGAAGUUGGAUAUUGUCAAGGCCUUAGUUUCUUAGUUGCUAGUCUAUUACUUCAUAUGCCCGAAGAACAAGCAUUCUGUGUUCUGGUCAAAUUAAUGUAUGACUACGGUCUUCGAGAUUUGUACAAGGACAGAUUUGACAACCUUCACAUGCGAUUUUAUCAAUUAAAUCGUUUGAUAGAGGAUCAAUUACCAGAGUUGUACAAGCACUUCUGUGAUCGCGGCGUAGAGACGCACAUGUUCGCCGCACAAUGGUUUCUAACUCUGUUUACCGCUAGGUUUCCAUUGUAUCUUGUUUUUCAUAUUCUGGACGUAUUUCUUUUACAAGGACUCGAUACGUUAUUCCAAGUUGCCCUCGCCUUGUUAAUGUUGUGUAAAAAGGAAUUAUUACAAUUGGAUUUCGAAAGUAUAUUGAAAUACUUUCGGGUACAUUUACCGAAACGUUGCCGGAACGAAGAAGUAUCGCGUUAUGUUAUGAAGUUAGCUUGUUCGGUGACGCUAAAGAAGUUGAAGAAAUACGAGGCAGAAUUUAUGACACUGAAAGAGGCACAAGAAAAUGCUGACGAAUACAGCAACGAAGUGGAACAAUUACGCGGUGCAGUGGCUCGAAACGAAGAAGAGAAACAGAGAUUGGAGGCGGAGUUGUUGCAAGUUAAGGAGAUGUUACAACGCGAGGUAGCUCGGGCAGACGCCGAAAGCCGUAGGAGCAACGUUAUUAUAGCCGAAUACAAGCAGAUUUGCCAACGCCUAGAGGAUGACUAUAAUGCCGCGAAGACGACAUUGAGCGAAUUACGAACAAAAGUUUCUAAAUGCGAGAAAUGCAGGACAUGUAUAAUGGACUCGUCGAACAUACUGGCGGACAUAGCGCAUCCUCUGGAGAAUCGGAUAGAUCCUAUGCUGCACAGAGUGCAGGAGAGAGUGCGCGAGUUGGAGUUGGAAUUGGCACAGACGAAAUUGGCUCAUGUUGAGGCAGAGUGCCGAAAUCAGGAUCUGACGCAUCAGCUGCACGCCACAGCCUCCGAGUUGCAAGCUGCGCGAAACAGUUGGCCGUGGCUCAGCAAGACCUUGUCAAGCAUAAAGGAGGCGGCCAACAAGAGGGAAGUUUUGGCUCCAGCUACACUGAGAGAUCUGAGGCGCGACAGCGCACCCGGGGGUGAUCUACACAACCUGAUCCACGCUCGAAGUCGCGAUACUCGCGACAGUCUCAAAGAAGUUGUGUGAUCCA